AUGUCGAACAACAGCAGAAAUGAAGUCGUUCGUAUGCUCAUCCUCGAAACCGAUGAGCCACACCCGGACACGGUAGCUACGCGCGGGCGCUUUGGGGACAUCCUGGGCAAUUUGUUUGCGAAGGCAGGACGAGAACACAAUCCUCCGCUCGGAAUUGAGACGGAUAUGCAUUAUGUUGUUGAAGAUGGCUCGAAAGACGCUGGCCAUGUUCCUACCAUCGAAGAGAUUCCCAAGGGCACAACCGCGAUUUUGAUAACUGGGAGCAUGUACGAUGCACACGGGGACGACGAAUGGAUCCUCAAACUUGUCAAGCUGUUACGGGCUCUGUGGCACGAGAGACCACAGAUGCGAUUCAGUGGCAUUUGCUUUGGACAUCAACUCCUCUGCCGGAUGUUGGGUGGCACCGUCGAGCCUCACCCGGAAAAUGACUGGGAACUAGCACACACCAAAAUUGAACUGACUGAAAUUGGCCGACGAGUCUUCCGCACGGAAGAACCCAGUCUCCAUCUCCAUCAAAUGCAUCAAGACCAGGUGACCUCUGCGCCAUCAGCGCAAACAACAGACUUGCUGGACCUCAAGGACGAUGUUCAUAUCUGGGGUCGGACUGAGCAUACAUUCGUCCAAGGCGUCUAUCUCCGAGACAAACUGUUCACGAGCCAGGGACAUCUUGGAUUCGAUGAGAAAAUGGUCAAGAGGCAGGUCGACAUGCGAAAAGCAAAUGGAGUGAUAGAAGACUCUGAUUUCGCGGAGGAGAGGAAGGAAACUGCAGAACUGGAACACGAUGGUCUCAUUGUCGCUGCUGCAAUCCUGAGAUUCUUCCAUGGUGAAGACCAUGGGAUUUACUAA